AUGCGUUCUUCACUUGUUAUGCUCGCCGGUCUGGCCAGCUCGGCUCUCGCCUACCCUACCGAUAGGGCUGUGGAGGCCCGUAACCUCGAUCUCCUCGGUGAGCUCCUCGGCGACCUCACCCUCGACGUGACUGGUAUCCUUAGUACCGUCCUCGAUGGCACCUCCGUUGAGAUCUUCGCUGGUCUGAGUGCCGAGGGUGCUGCCGCUCUCUCGGGUGGUGCUCUCGGCUGCAAGGCCGGUGCCAUCCACGCAAAGGCCAAGGCCGCCCUCAAGGUUUGGCUGCGUCUCCACGCCGAGAUUGACGCCACCCUCAAGACCUCCCUGAUCGCCUGGUGUGACGGCCACGACGAGCUCGUCCUCUCCGCCGAUGUCCUCGCUGCUCUGUCCGUGUACAUCCCCGGAUCUGCCAACAUCGCCGCCAAGGGUCAGCUUUACGUGACUAUCGACGGUAUCUUCGAGGCCACCAGCCUCGAGUCUGCUCUUGUCCUGAGCGUUGCUGCUCAGACUUCCCUCUCCGCUUGGGUUGAGGCUAAGGUUGACCUUGAUGUCGACAUCAAGGUCGGUCUGAAUGUCUGCGCCGCUGGUGGUAUUGUCGGCAGUCUGUCGGCUGACAUCAAGGCUUCCCUGCUUGCUUGGCUCAACAGCGCUGAGUGUGAGCUCAGCGCUGACCUCAAGGUUUCGGUCCUUGCCUGGAUCAAUGGCCGUGCUGGUGGUGAGCUUGUUGAGAUCGGUGCUCUUGCUGACACUGCUCUCUCCACCGUCUCCGUUGGUGCCUCCGUUGGCAUCCACGUCCUAGAGUCUGGCCUCCUGUCCGUUGGCGGUCAGGCCUCCCUCGCCGCCUUCCUGGGCGUUGAUCUCGCCGUUGCUCUCGGUGCUGAUGUCAAGCUCGCUCUCGAGGCAUGUGCCAAGGGCGAACUCGCCACCGCUGUGGAACUUGACGUCCGCACCAAGCUCGCCAUCUGGCUCGCCAGCUCCGACUGCUCUCUGGGCGUUGAACUCAAGGCUGUCGUCCUUCUUUGGCUCUCCUUCGCCGUCGAGGCUGAUGUCUCCGUUGCGCUCAACCUUGUUGGUGGUGUCCUCGGUGAUGUUACCGGUCUCCUGACCGAUAUCGUCGAUGAUCUCAGCGUCGACCUCCGUGGUGCCCUUUCCCUCUGCGCUGCCGGCGGUAGCCUCCUUGACCUGACCUUCAGCGCCCGUACUGAGCUCGCUGCCUUCCUCAGUGGCUGCACUUCCCUUAACAUCGACGUCAGCAUCCAGAUCAUUAUCAUCGAGUGGUUCACCGGCUGCAGCAUCCCCGGCGCUCCCGCCGCCACUGCCUCGUCUUCCGUCCUCAGCCUGCCCUCCAGCACCCCCUACCUCGCCAGCACCUCCUCUGUGCCUUCCGGUGCCAGUGCCUCCGUUGGUCUGACUGUUUCCGCCAGUGUUCCCGCCGCCUCCGGCUCUGUCUCUGUUCCCUCCGGUUCCGAUGCCACCACCACCCCCUGUGCCACCGAGACCUCGGAAAUUGUCAGCUCGACUGUGAUCCCCAACCCUAGCGGCUCCGGUUCUCUGACUGCCUCUAUCCCUGCCAUCGCCACCGGUACUGUCCCUGCUGUGGUCCCCACCGGCGCUUCCCCCACCGGCACUACCGUCAGUGGUUCCGUUCCUGCUGGAUCUGCCACUACCGGAUCUGCUACCACCAUUGUCAUCCCCGGCUCCAGCGGCUCCAGCGCCACCACCGUCACCAUCCCCGUCACAGUCACCGGCACUGCCCCUAGCGGUUCUGCUACCACCAUUGUGAUCCCCAACCCCAGCGGCACCUCUUCUCUCACUGUCACCAUCCCUGCCCAGGCUACCGGCGUUUCCCCCACCGGUACCACCGUCGUCGGUGGCUCCGUUCCUUCUGGAUCUGCCCCCAGCGCCUCGACCACCACCGUUGUCAUCCCCGGCUCCAGCGGCUCCAGCGCCACCACCGUCACCGUCACUGUCCCUGCCGAGGCUACCAGCACCGCCCCUAGCGGUUCCGCCACCACCAUCGUGGUCCCUCACCCCAGCGGCACCGGCUCUCUGACGGUCACCGUCCCUGCCCAGGCUACCGGCACCGCUGCCACCACUGGUGCUUCCGGCGUCACUGCAUCGGCCCCUGCCCCUACCAGCCCUGCGACCAUCCCCAGCGGUGGAAACACUGGUUCCAACGUCACCGAGACUGUCACUGUUACCGCCACCCUUCCCUCCGGCGGUAACACUGGCUCCGGUAAGGCCACCGAGACCGUGACUGUCACUGCCACCGUCUGCGGCUGCGAGUAA